CCGGUCUCCUCUUUCGGUUGUUGUUGUCUUAUGACGGUGAUGGUGGCAAAGGAAGGUUACAGAGAUAGGAGCUGCUGUGUUUUAUAUACCAGGGAAUAUAUGGAGGUGUCUGUCUGUACACCAGUCUGUCUGAAUUGACCUUGCUCAGGUUUGCUCAAAGACAGCACUCAUUUGGUUAAAUAACUGGUGACUUUAUGAAGCAUCUGAGUGCAGAAACAACACUAGCCUCCUUUCAGAGGUGUCCUUAUACAAUGGCUUCGAGCCACAGUUCCCCACCAGUGCCUCGCCCCAGUGGCAGUGAUGGUAUCCUUAAGAAAGAGGUGGACUCAUCUGCAAAACACUAUAAGCAUGUUCGGUCUCUUCCCGAUGUCUGUCCAAAGGAGCCUACAGUGGAUUCUCACCGCCUAUGUGACGGCCCAUCUGUAGUAGCAGAUCAGCACAGGUGGACUGUUUAUAACUCAAAAGUGAAUCUUCCAGCAGCAUUAAAUGAUCCUAGACUGGCUAAAAGGGAAUCUGACUUCUUCACAAAGACAUGGGGUCUGGACUUUAUAGAAACCGAAGUCAUGCCUUCCUUCUACCUCCCGCAUAUCACCAAGGAACACUUUGCACCCUACCUUCAAAUAACCACUCAGAGAGAAAAGAUCCAUGAAAAGUGCAAGAAUAUUUGUCCAGCCAAGGAUGACCCUGAUACAAUCCCUAUUCUUUCAAAUAAUAAUGAUAAAUCCAGGACAGAUCUGGAGCAAGUACCUAAGAUUUUCAUGAAGCCCGAUUUCGCCCUGGAUGACCCCUUGACUUUUAAUGCAGUUUUACCAUGGUCUCAUUUCAGUGGUGCUGGUGGAAAAGGUAGCCGUGAUGUAGCCUCCUCACGGUUACUUCAAGAAAAGCUAAGCCAUUAUCUAGAUGUUGUGGAAGUAAAUAUUGCACACCAGAUCUCGUUACGCUCUGAUGCCUUCUUUCACGCCAUGACCUCCCAGCAUGAGUUGCAGGACUACCUCAAGAACACCUCCCAGGCUGUGAAAGUGCUCCGGGACAAAAUUGCUCAGAUAAACAAAGUCAUGUGCGAAGGAUCUCUGAAUAUCUUGAGACAAGCAUUGACUAGAAACAACUGUGUCAAACUGUACAAUAAAAUGAAACUGAUGGCAACAGUGCACCAAACCCAGCCCACUGUCCAGUUAUUGUUGUCUACUUCGGAGUUUGUUGGUGCACUGGAUCUGAUAGCAACAACACAAGAGGUGCUUCAGCAGGAGCUUCAAGGAAUACACAGUUUCAGGCACCUGGGAUCUCAGCUUUGUGAGCUGGAAAAGCUGAUAGAUAAAAUGAUGAUAGCUGAUUUUAGCACCUAUGCCAGAAGUGACCUAAACAGACCUUUUGAAGAUGAAAAUGAGGUGUUGGAGGAGGAAAGGUUAGUGUCCUUGGUAUUUGGGUUGCUAAAGCAGCGGAAACUUGACUUUUUGGAGAUCUACAGUGAAGAAAUGAUAUCUGCUGCAAAGCACAUCAUUAAACAGUGUGUUAUUAGCACCAUCUCACAAAUAGAAGAAAUAGACACAGAAAUAGUUGUGAAGCUUGCAGAUCAGAUGAGACUGAUGAAUUUUCACCAGUGGUUUGAACUUCUGAAGUGCAUAUUUGCCAACUUUCUCUUUUUUCUAAAAAGAGUUAAGGCAACGUUAAGUGUCGUUAGAAGUGUUGUCCUGCUGGUUUUGGACAGGAAUCAGAAGACCAAGGUCCUAGAGGGCACGUUAGCAGAGGGAAGUCCUGGAAAAAGUUUUAAUACGGUAACUGAAGUUGGUUAUUUAACGCACGAAGGCAUGUUUAUUAGUGAUGCUUUCAACGAGGGAGAACAGCCUUCUGUUGGACCUGAGCCUAGGAACCAAAGGACUUCAUAUCAAAGCAGUGAACCAUGUGGCAGCGAUUCUACAUCAGAACAAGAGUGCACCACCGAGUCGUCAUCCAGCAAAGAGCAGACAUCCUCUUCGGUAACUCCUGGAGGAGUGGAGAUAACGAUUAAUGAAGACAUGAAGCUGACAGACCUUGAACUAGGUAGAAUUGCAAAUAACAUUCAGGAGCUUCUGUACAACGCUUCUGAUGUGUGUCAUGAUCGCUGUGUCAAGUUCCUCAUGUCCAGAGCAAAGGAUGGCUUCCUGGAGAAGCUGAAUUCCUCUGAGUUUGUCGCCUUGUCCCGUUCUGUGGAAAUCUUUGUCAAGGAUACAGAGGAGCUCUGCGGCAGGAGAAGCAUGUCACUGCGGGGGGCGCUGCAGAGCCAGGCCAACAGAUUUGUCAACAGGUUUCACGAGGAGAGAAAGACCAAGCUUAGUCUUCUGUUGGAUAAUGAACGAUGGAAACAAGCAGAGGUUCCAGCUGAAUUCCAGGACCUUGUUAAUUCAAUAGCUGAUGGUAGAAUAAGUUUACCUGAAAAAAAACCAACAGGUACAGAAGAGAGGAAGCCAACUGAUUACUUGAUUGUAGAUGGACAGAAGUAUGCUGUAGUGGGGACGGUGUUGCUGUUAAUAAGAAUUUUUCUUGAAUACUGUCAGUGUGUGGAUGACAUCCCAUCGAUAACCACUGACAUGCUCAUUCGCCUAUCAGACUUAAUAAAGCAAUUCAACUCUCGAAGCUGCCAGCUGGUCCUGGGAGCUGGUGCAUUACAAGUUGUUGGUCUGAAAACAAUAACUACAAAAAACUUAGCCCUUGCCUCCCGCUGUUUGCAGCUGAUCGUACACUACAUUCCCAUUAUCAGGGCUCACUUUGAGGCUCGGCUUCAGCCAAAGCAGUACAGCAUUCUCAGGCAUUUUGACCACAUAACUAAGGACUAUAAUGACCACAUAGCUGAAAUCUCUGCAAAACUUGUAGCAAUCAUGGAUAGUCUGUUUGAGAAAGUUCUGUCUAAGUAUGAAGUGAAGGCCCCAAUGCCUUCAACCUGCUUCCGGAACGUCUGCAAACAGAUGACUAAGAUGCAUGAAGCUAUAUUUGAUCUUCUACCAGAAGAACAAACACAGAUGUUGUUCUUGAGGAUAAAUGCAAGCUUUAAACUUCAUCUGAAGAGGCAGCUAGCCCGGCUGAAUGUAGUGAAUGAUGGUGGACCUCAACACGGACUUGUUAUGGCAGAUGUAGCUUUCUACACUGGGAAUAUUCAAGCACUGAAGACACUUGAAAACCUAGAUUUAAACAUGGCAGAGAUCUGGGAACAGAAGAGGUGAUGAUACAUUGCAAACAUGAAACUGUGCUCUUUGCAUGUCAGGAUGUACUGGCAUUUCUAAGACCUUUUGUGCCCUGGAACUGGAUUCCCCACACACCACUGCAGCUGAACCUAUGUAUAGAGGCUGAAUCUGAUGUGACCUGUGGAGAAUGCCCUUCAUAACGUCUGCUGGUCACGCACGAGUACCCAGCUGUCCCCAUGACUUGUUUAAAACUCUAGAAAGACUCAGGUUUCUUAGGACCAAAUCCAAAUGUGGAUAUGACUGUAACAAAGCUGUGCUUAUAUACUAAAGAGGUUUUUAAAAAAGAAAAACAAGAUGCUUUGCAUCUGUACUGCAGUUACUUCAUGUCAUGUGCAAUUGUGUAAACAUUUAUAUUGUUUAAUUAUGGUACAAUUUCUACAGCUUUUAAAUUGUGCAAAACCUAAAACACAGAAAAAAAAUUACUUCAACUAUCUGGCAACUUAAUUUUUUUACAGAUCUUAAAUAAAAUCUUUUUGAUUUCAUAAAUACAAGCAUAUGUAUAUAGGCAGAUGUAAAUAUAAAAACUGUUAAAUCUGUUUGUAUAAAUCCUAGAGGUUUUUUUGUGAUAAAUUUGGUUUUUGCAACUUCUGGAUUGGCAGAACCUUUUAUUUGCAGUAUAUGCUUUUUUUUAGUGUACAUUUUACAUUCUGGGUUGUGUGUGCAAAACUGUUGGCCUUUACCUACCCUUUUCCACAAAACUUCUUGUAGGAAAUAAGCAUGAAGACUGUCAUUCAGUUUUUCACUGUAAUGCUAAUGGUCCCAACACAGAACUCUGCAUUAGGUGUGGAUAGUGUAUAACACUACAUUUUCUUACUCUUUCAAAAAGGUUUUUUUUGUAUUAAAUUGCACCAUUGAGUAACAGUGUUGUAUAUUCAUUGCUAACUCAAAGUGCCUACUUUUAAAAAUAAGUAUCAAGGAAUACAUUGACUUCUUCCAACAGUAGAUUUCCUGUUUCAGUGCCUAACGCCGAUUUGCCCUGUAGUAUGGAAUGGUCCCUCUUUGCUGCAACUGCAGGUAACUUAACAGCAUGCCUGAGAUGUUUAACUGAUAAGUUUCUUGAAGACCAAUACAUUUUUAAAUAAAAACUCAUUUAAAUGUGAAC